AUUUACACGCACACGCACUAACAAAAAAGUUAGUUCCUUGUCCAUAUAAUUAUACCAAAAUAUAAGUGGAGGAACCAUAGUACAAAAAAAAUAAAAAUAUCAAGAUUCUCUUGAAGAAAAAAGAAAAUGGGUAACAACAUAGGAGGAACUACGAAGAAGACAAAGGUAAUGAAGAUUAACGGCGAAAUCCUUAAACUGAAGACACCAAUAACAACGUUAGAGGUAGUUAAAGAUUACCCAGGUCAUGUUUUAUUGGAAUCAGAAGCAGUGAAGAAAUUUGGGAUUAGAGCUAAGCCAUUAGAGCCAGAACAAGAGCUGAAGCCGACCAAAAUAUAUUUUCUUGUAGAAUUGCCUCUGUUUCCUAAAGAAGAAAUUAUUACUAGUAAUAAUAAGGUUACAAGAAGGGUGAAAUCUGAUGUUUAUAUGAACGCACAAGAUCGGCUGGAGUGCCUUAUGUUAAGCCGGAGAUCGGCUUCAGAUUUAUCGAUUUCGAAGCCGAGUAAUGGAGCUGUUGUUCAGCUGAAGAUGAAGCUGCCUAGAAGUGUCGUACAAAAGUUGAUUGAAGAAAGCAGAGAUGAAACAGAGGUUGCUGAGAAAAUUAUGGAUCUUUGUAUGCACAAUUCCUAAAAUUUACUUUGUUUUGCAUCUUUUUUUUUUGUUUGGUCGUGAAUUGCUAUAAACAAUAGGCUCAAAAUCUAGUUUCAAAAAUUGCAUAUAUAGUUUUAUAGAAAUUUCUGUUUAGUUGCUGUUAGUAUUGUUAUAAUUAGUGUUAUUUUUCAACAUUUUUUUUUCUCUGUGUUAAUGGAUUGAUUCGUGGUUUAGCUAAGGAUCUGAGAUCAUUUGUGACCA